AUGGCAGUUGCACAAGACGAGACAAGAAAAAACCACGACGAAAGCCCGACUCAAAAAGGCGGUUUUCACGCACGACAGAGAACAUCAAAGGAACAAGGAUGUUGACACCAGCGAUCAAACAAGAACCAAACAGAGGAAGUAGGAGAUGGCUGAGAAAAAUCCGCUAUGCACUGCAAAAGUAUAAUCGUACUAGUAUAAAUCGCAUGACAAAUUCCCUCAGCAUGAGAAAUGAAAUUUGUAAUGCGGAUUUAACUUGACGUUGACAGAAAAAUUUGUAAUGCAUAAAUGCGAUUAGUACAAGUACGAUGCUUUUGCAGUGCAUAUCCGCACCACACCUCAUCGGCCGCUCCGGUCGCACGAGCUGCGGCUGUUUUUCGCCCUGAAAUGGAUGGAUUACAAUGGGGAGUCUGUGUUGGCUGAAUAUGCAAGACAAAUUUCCCGUACAUGUACAAAAUGCAUCACAAAUUUCACUUAUUCGAAGUGUAACACUAGGCAUGCUACACUAGAUUCGAAGUCCAGUUUUGUCAUGCGGGGACCGCAUUUCUUUGUUUUUGUACGUGUGCGGGAAAUUUCCUGUGCAUACUGAAGCGAAAACUGAGUGCCAAAUCUGUUUGUCGUCCUGUGCCGGCGACGAUGUAGUGGAACA